UCUCAUCCUCUUUAUGAUGUCAUCUGCCAAACAUUAACAGCCUGACAGAACAAGGCACAGCUACAGGGGAGAUGGCCACAGCACAAGAUCAAAAUGCAAGACUUGCACUGUAUGAAAAGUAUGUUCCAGAUAUUGAAAGUUAUAAAUUAGUACAAAGCUCAUGGAAUACACUAAGUUUUUCUCUGGACUUUCCAAAACCACCUCGACCAGGUACAAAGGCGAGGUCAAAGCCUUCAGACUUGCAAACAAACAAAGUUACUAAACAGGAUAAACUGAAGUCUCCAUCCAUUCAAGUAACUCCAGAAACCUCAGCAUUUCAACUUUCAAAGACAGUAUCACAGCCAUCUCCUGAGGAGCCCAUCCAGGACUCUUCCGAGGGUCCCACCUCCCCGGGCCCUUCCCAGGGACCAAUAUUGGGAACCUCCCCAGAACCCACCCAAGAUCUCAUGCCAGGACCCACCCUGAGCCCCUCCCCAGGGCCAUCAAAGUCACACAAAGGAUUUUUAAAAUUAUUUUCAUUCCUUAAAAAGAAAAAGGCAUCUCCCACUUUGGCUACUAAUGCAGUUGCUGUUUCAACAUUUCCCUCAAUAACCAGUGAAACCAAAUCACACCCAGGCCUUAUAGCUUCCUCUUCGACUACUCAGGCUACCUGUAAGAUAAGCGAUUUAAUUGUUUUCAAGGAGCAGGAUAAAUCCAAAUUUCCACAUGCUAAGGUAAACUCUAAAUCUUCAACAUUGCAACUUUCUACUCCAUCACCAGAAUCUUCCUCCAAGGCCCUUGCCCCAGUUCUGCCUGAGGCUCCCACCACCAGGCCAUCAAGGUCACGCAAAGGGUUUUUAAAAUUACGUUUACUUCCCAGAACCAAAAAGGCAUCUCCCAUUUUGGCUUCUAAAGCUGUUUCUGUUUCAACAUUUCCUUCAAUGACCAAUGAAACCAAGUCACCUCCAGAUCUUAUAGCUUCCUCUUCAACUACCCAGGCUACCUCCAAGGUAAGCUCAACUCUAGUGAACACCAGCAUUUCACCUUCAUCUUUGGAAGUCACAACCCUGCAUCUAGCAGCUGGUCAAACAGUCCUUCCCAAAUUAAACCAACCCACUAUUUUGUUAUCUGCCAACUCUGCCAAAUCAACUACUGACACCCAAGCAAUCACCAGUAUUAGAGACCCAUCUGGAACUGCUAUGAAGGGUCCUGGAGAAAUGACAAACUUUAACAGCGCUACAUCUACACUGACUCCUGGGGCAUCUCUGCAAAAGAAAGCGGUGUCAAGGUCUGCACCACUGCCUGGAGCAAAAUGGGUCCAAAAACUCUUCUAAAGAAAGAAUCGUUUUCCAGUUUCAGCAGCCUGCUUCCCUGUGGAUAGCACAUACAGAGAGUGGUAGCAAGGAAUGGUUCUUCCUAUCAAAUGUUACUAAAUAAACCCUGUCACCAGUAACUAUGCUGCACACAAAA